UCUUUAUAAGCGUCAGCUCUAUUGUCUCCAUAAUAAAUAAAUAAAACCAAUCCACGAAAACCCAAAAGCAUAACGGCUUGCAGCGUGCUACAGAUAGAGGGAGAGAAGGAGGAGAUGGAACGGGUGAAGCUAGGAUGUGGGUUUGGCUCGCCUGUCUUGAUGGUGGUGGUGUUGGCGGUGGUGCUAAUGACUGUUGUGGUGCCAGAAGUGUCUGCAACUAGAUGGACUGUUGGAGCUCACAUGGGUUGGACUACUAAUGUUAACUACACUAUCUGGGCUAAGGAUAAGCAUUUCUAUAAUGGAGAUUGGCUUUUUUUUGUGUAUGAUAGGAACCAGAUGAAUGUGCUAGAGGUGAACAAGACAGAUUAUGAAUCCUGCAACUCCGAUCAUCCUCUUCACAACUGGACUAGGGGAGCUGGCAGGGACGUGGUUCCACUGAACGUGACUCGCAACUACUACUUCAUCAGUGGUAAAGGGUUCUGUUAUGGUGGAAUGAAAGUAGCUGUUCAUGUUGAAAACCCACCUCCCCCUCCCACAGCUGCCCCCCUGAAUGAGAAGAGUGGCUCUCCAAGUUUCAAUCUCAGAGGCCAGUAUGUUCUCCCAGCUAUUCUUGCUACUGGUGCUUUGUGGGAUGCAUUUGUCCACUUCUGGUAGCAGCAUUUGCUAGUCUUUCUUAUGAGGAUUUGUGAAGGAAAAUUGAGUUCUUCCACAUUUUUUUUUUCUUCUUCAUUGAUUGUGUUGACUAAGGUAGUUCAUCUGUGCAUGGUGUUGAUUUAAUCUGCAUCCUUAGAAAUGUUGUCUGAAUCAAACAUUUAAGGAUUGCUUUCAUGUAUUUAUUAAAGAAUUCAACGCUUACUUUGUGCC